AUGACUCCUAUUGCAACCUACACCAUCACUUCUUCCGACUCCGAGCUUGCAGGGUUUAUUUUACCCGACCUUUUCAGCCAUUGCCGCUAUCCUCUGCGCGUGAAUCCUCACUCUCAUCUUGUCUCUUGCGCAUCUGAACAAUGGUUUUUCACCGAGGCGCAUGUCGUAGAGCCCGAAAUUACCAAAUUUAGGGCCUUUCGCUUACGUGACUACAAUGCAUAUUGCUAUCCUGAUGCAGAUGCUUCCCAUUUCCGAAACAUCUCAGACUUCCUGAACUGGGCAUUCAUGGCAGACGACUACUUCGAUGACUGUGAUAUUGAUGAUAUAAAAGGAAUGCGUGAAUGUUGUAUUUCCGCAUUACGCGAUCCCAUUAGCUUUCAGACGGAAAACCCUCUUGGGAAGAUUUGCAAAUCAUUUUUCAGUCGCAUUACAGCGACUGCUGGAUCGAGCUGCACCGAGCGGUUUAUCCAUGGACUCGACUUGUUCCUCAUUGCUGCGGCUAAGGAGAUAGACAACCGCGCAAUGGGACAUACCUAUGACCUUGAAUCCUACACCGCCCUGAGGCGAAACUCGACUGGCAUUAAAUGUUGCUUUGCCCUCAUCGAAUACGCAGCUCAAAUGGAUCUCCCGAACGAAGUAGUAUCACAUCCAGUGAUCAAGGCGAUGGAGGACGCUGUCAGCGAUUAUACCGCUUGGUGCAACGAUAUUUUAUCCUACAACAAAGAGCAAUCGCGCCAUGACACACUUUGCAAUCUAAUUGCCGUCCUCAUGCGCGAACAAGGUCUAGACCUGCAAGGCGCUGUCGACUACUCUGGUCAGCUGUGUAAGAGUGCCAUCCAGCGCUUUGAGGACAACCGUACUGCCCUCCCCUCUUGGGGAGAAGAGCUUGAUAGGCAGGUAGCUAUCUAUAUUCAAGGAAUGUUGGACUUGGCCGUUGGUUCGCUGCAUUGGGCUUUGAUUCUACCCGCUAUUUUGGGAAUGAUGGGCAGAUCGUGA